GCAGCAGCUGCUUCACGUGUGUGCCUGGCAGUGAUUAUUGCUACAGCCGGAGCUGCUCUCAGCUCGGACAACUUCCCCUGACUGCCCCUGCUACAACCUCCAGCUCAUUCAGCAGCACAUGAUCUGGGGAUAGAGAUCACAAGGGUUCUGACUGCAGAGGGUGUGUGUGUGUGUGUGUGUGUGUGUGUGCGUGUGUGCAAAAUCCCCGAGUGAAAAGAAAUAGACUCCCUCUGAGAACCAACAAACAAAGUGGACUUAGCAGCUGGCUGGCUGUAUUGUUAUAUUCAUUGCCAGUAAAAGGGACUUGGAAGCACUUGUAAUGACCCUCUGAAGCUCUGUGUAUUGAUUCUUGUAUUUGACACUGGCAAGUUUGCAUGAUGCUCAUCAGGUUGGGAUACCGAGAGAGGGAUAUACCAAGAAGAGAAGAGAAUCAAAACAACGGUUUAACUUCUGUGAUGGUAUAAAUCUUGAAUAACAACCGGCAUCAAAGGAAAAUAAAGUGUGAGAAGCAAUUUUUAAGUGACCUGGAUUGGCGUGGACACAGAAUGAACUUAAUAUGGAUGUAAAAGAACGUAGGCCUUAUUGUUCCCUGACAAAGAGCCGACGAGACAAAGAAAGGCGUUACAUAAAUUCCUCUGUGGACAAUGAUGAGUGUAGAGUUCCUACACAAAAAUCGUAUAGUUCAAGUGAAACCCUGAAAGCAUUUGAUCAUGAUUCUUCGAGGCUGCUCUAUGGAAACCGGGUAAAAGACCUGGUUCACAGAGAAGCAGAUGAGUAUCCUAGACAAGGGCAGAACUUCACCCUGAGGCAGCUGGGCAUUUGCGAGCCAGCAUCUCGUCGAGGGCUGGCAUUUGGUGCUGAUAUGGGACUCCCGCACAGAGGCUACUCUAUUGGUGCAGGUUCCGAUGUUGAGACUGAAAACAAAAGUGUGAUCUCCCCUGAACAUGCAAUGAGGCUUUGGGGGAGAGGAGUGAAAUCCGGACGCAGUUCAUGCCUUUCAAGUCGUUCCAAUUCAGCCCUUACGCUAUCCGACACAGAAAAUGAGAACAAGUCUGAUAGUGAGCCUGGUUCUCCCAUGCCAUCUUCAUCUUCUAGUCCUUCAGUUAUUGAACAUACACAAUCCCUCUCUCCAUCACCCCAUCUCCAUGACAACCAGAGGUGGCUGCUAAGUAAUAGUGCCAACCGUCCAAAUCAGGAGUCUGACACUGACGACGAGUUCAAUGUCAGCACAUGUUUGGUGCCUGCAGCUCCCCUGUCAGAGUGUGUCCCAUGUCAUGAGCAAUCGCCAAACCAUCAUCAAGGCCAAUCAACAUUGCAACCUGUGCCGCCUUCUCACAAGCAGCAUCCAGCAGCACAUCAGCCGUCCAUCACAUCUCUCAACCGCAACUCCCUGACACAUAGGAGAAACCAAAGCCCGGCCCCGCCGGCUGCCCUGCCCGCCGAGCUGCAAACCACACCCGAGUCCGUCCAGCUGCAAGACAGCUGGGUCCUUGGCAGUAAUGUGCCACUGGAGAGCAGAAUAUUAGCAAAUCACCCAGUUCUUGAAAAUGGGCAUGACAACCUCAUAGAGAUGGAUGUGUUUCCUCCACCUUGCCUUGAUGGCGGCUAUGGGGAUGGGCAUUUUCUAUUCAAAACAGGAACAGGGACAACCCCACUGUUCAGCACUGCUACCCCAGGAUACACCAUGGCAUCCGGCACGGUUUAUACGCCACCCACCAGACCACUUCCACGGAACACCCUGUCAAGAAGUGCUUUUAAAUUCAAAAAGUCCUCUAAGUACUGUAGUUGGAAAUGCACUGCGCUCUGUGCCGUGGGGGUAUCUGUGCUACUGGCAAUUCUACUAUCAUAUUUUAUAGCCAUGCAUCUGUUUGGUCUCAACUGGCAGCUACAACAGACAGAAAAUGACACGUUUGAGAAUGGAAAAGUCAAUUCUGAAGUGGUGCCAACACAUGCUGUAUAUGUGCCCUCUGGUGAUACGGGUAAAUCUGGUGGUUUUGCUCAAGAAAACAACACAAUUGACUCUGGAGAGCUUGACGUUGGCCAAAAAGCGCUGCAGGAGAUUCCUCCAGGGGUAUUCUGGCGAUCACAACUAGCUGUAGAUCAACCACAGUUUCUAAAAUUCAACAUUACUCUUCAGAAGGAUGCACUCAUUGGGGUGUAUGGGAGGAAGGGACUGCCACCUUCUCACACUCAGUAUGACUUUGUGGAACUUCUGGAAGGGAGCCGGUUAAUUUCGAGAGAAAAACGCAAUUUGCUUGAGUCUGAGAAGACCACUCGAUUACCGAGGUCAAUAAGCCUUCAUGAGGCUGGAUUUAUCCAGUACUUAAAUUCUGGGAUCUGGCAUAUUGCUUUUUAUAAUGACGGCAAAAACCCAGAACCAGUUUCAUUUAACACAAUUGUGAUAGAGUCCGUUGUUGAAUGCCCCCGAAAUUGCCACGGAAAUGGAGAUUGUGUGUCUGGUACAUGCCAUUGUUUUACUGGAUUUCUAGGCCCUGAUUGUUCAAGAGCUGCCUGUCCGGUAUUGUGCAGUGGUAAUGGCCAGUAUGCCAAGGGUCGAUGUCUAUGUUACAGUGGAUGGAAAGGAACAGAAUGUGACGUUCCCAGUACCCAAUGUGUGGAUCCAAUUUGCGGAGGCCAUGGAAUAUGCAUUAUGGGAUCCUGUGUCUGUAAUUCGGGAUAUAAAGGAGAAAACUGUGAAGAAGCGGAUUGUCUCGACACAUUCUGUUCCCAUCAUGGGGUUUGUAUUCAUGGUGAAUGUCAUUGCAACCAAGGCUGGGGUGGCACCAACUGUGAGAUACUGAAGUCCAUGUGUCCUGAUCAGUGCUCUGGCCAUGGAACGUAUGACCAAGAGUCUGGAAGCUGUACUUGUGAUCCCAACUGGACAGGUCCUGACUGCUCUACUGAAAUUUGUGCAGUUGAUUGUGGAACCCAUGGUGUGUGCAUGGGUGGGGCAUGUCGUUGUGAAGAAGGCUGGACAGGCCCUUCAUGCAACCAAAGAGCUUGUCAUCCUCGCUGCUUGGAACAUGGAACCUGUAAAGAUGGGAAAUGUGAAUGCAACCAGGGCUGGAAUGGAGAGCACUGCACAAUUGCUCACUAUUUGGAUAAAAUAGUUAAAGACAAGAUAGGAUAUAAAGAAGGUUGUCCAGGACUGUGCAACAGCAAUGGAAGAUGCACCUUGGACCUAAAUGGAUGGCACUGUGUUUGCCAACCUGGAUGGAGAGGAGCAGGCUGUGAUGUAGCGAUGGAGACUUUGUGUAUCGACAGCAAGGAUAACGAAGGAGAUGGCUUAAUCGACUGUAUGGACCCAGACUGCUGCUUACAAAGCUCCUGCCAGAAUCAGCCGUACUGUAGAGGUCUUCCUGAUCCACAGGACAUUAUCAGCCAGAGCCAGCAGUCACCGUCCCAGCAAGCUGCCAGGCCUUUCUAUGAUAGGAUCAGCUUCCUUACAGGCCCUGACAGCACCCAUGUCAUACCCGGAGACAACCCUUUCAAUAGAAGCCUCGCAUCUGUAAUCAGGGGCCAGGUUCUUACAGCUGACGGAACGCCGCUCAUUGGAGUCAAUGUGUCAUUUCUACAUUACCCGAACUACGGCUACACAAUCACGCGGCAAGAUGGGAUGUUUGACCUGGUGGCAAAUGGAGGGGCGUCUCUGACUCUUGUGUUUGAAAGGGCUCCAUUUCUCACACAGUAUCAUACAGUGUGGAUUCCAUGGAACGUGUUUUACGUUAUGGAUACUUUAGUAAUGAAGAAGGAAGAAAACGACAUUCCAAGUUGUGAUCUCAGUGGGUUUGUGCGACCAAACCCUGUAAUUGUGUCUUCUCCUCUGUCAACAUUUUUCCGUUCUUCCCCUGAAGACAGUCCAAUUAUCCCAGAGACACAGGUACUUCACGAAGAAACAACCAUUCCGGGAACUGAUUUGAAAUUGUCCUAUUUAAGUUCCAGGGCAGCGGGAUAUAAAUCUGUUCUUAAAAUUACAAUGACCCACUCUGCAAUACCCUUCAAUCUAAUGAAGGUUCAUCUCAUGGUAGCAGUAGUUGGAAGACUUUUCCAAAAAUGGUUCCCAGCAUCGCCUAAUCUUUCAUACACAUUCAUUUGGGAUAAGACAGACGCAUAUAAUCAGAAGGUCUAUGGGUUGUCUGAAGCCGUCGUGUCUGUUGGGUAUGAAUAUGAAUCGUGUCUGGAUCUAACCCUUUGGGAAAAAAGGACUGCAGUUUUACAAGGUUACGAGCUGGAUGCCUCCAACAUGGGUGGUUGGACAUUAGAUAAGCAUCAUGUUUUGGAUGUCCAGAAUGGGAUUCUCUACAAAGGAAAUGGAGAAAACCAGUUUAUAUCUCAACAACCACCCGUUGUGAGCUGCAUUAUGGGAAAUGGGAGAAGACGUAGCAUAUCAUGUCCGAGUUGCAAUGGUCAGGCUGAUGGAAACAAACUUCUCGCCCCUGUCGCCUUAGCUUGUGGAAUUGAUGGCAGCUUGUAUGUUGGAGACUUCAACUACAUUCGUAGGAUAUUUCCAUCAGGGAAUGUAACAAGCGUGCUUGAGCUAAGAAAUAAAGAUUUUAGACAUAGCAGUAACUUGGCCCAUCGCUAUUAUUUGGCUACCGAUCCCGUAACUGGAGACCUUUAUGUAUCAGAUGCAAAUACUCGCAAGAUCUAUAAGCCCAAAUCACUCGUGGGGACAAAGGACCUGAUAAAAAAUGCUGAGGUUAUUGCUGGAACAGGGGAACAGUGCACGCCGUUUGAUGAGGCCAGAUGUGGUGAAGGGGGAAAGGCAGUGGAGGCAACUCUUACAACACCAAAAGGAAUUGCUGUAGAUAAGAACGGACUAAUCUACUUUGUUGAUGGGAAGGUUAUCAGAAGAGUGGAUCAAAAUGGUAUAAUAUCAACCUUGCUUGGUUCAAAUGACUUGACCUCAGCACGACCCUUAACCUGUGACACCAGCAUGCAUAUUAGUGAGGUGAGACUAGAAUGGCCCACAGACUUGGCUAUUAAUCCAAUGGAUAAUUCGAUUUACGUUUUGGAUAACAAUGUUGUUCUUCAGAUCACUGAAAAUCGCCAGGUUCGCAUUGCAGCUGGAAGACCAAUGUAUUGCCAGGUCCCUGGCAUUGAGUAUUCUGUAGGGAAAUACGCUGUCCAGGCUAUAUUAGAAUCUGCCACAGCUAUUACAGUGUCAUACAAUGGGGUGCUUUAUAUCACCGAAACGGAUGAAAAGAAGGUCAACCGGAUAAGGCAGGUCACUACAGAUGGGGAGAUCUCUUUGGUUGCAGGAAUACCAUCUGAAUGUGACUGUAAAAAUGAUGCCAACUGUGAUUGUUACCAAAAUGGAGACGGAUAUGCAAAGGACGCCAAACUCAGUGCCCCAUCAUCUUUGGCAGCAUCACCAGAAGGCACAUUAUACAUUGCAGACUUGGGUAACAUCCGAAUUCGUGCAGUUUCUAAGAACAAACCUUUUCUUAAUUCCAUGAAUUAUUAUGAGGUAGCCUCGCCUACUGAUCAAGAAUUGUACAUUUUUGAUGUUAAUGGCACACACCAGUAUACCAUGAGCUUAGUUACAGGGGACUACAUAUAUAACUUUAGCUACAGCAAUGAAAAUGAUAUAACAGCGGUGACUGACAGCAAUGGGAAUACCUUGCGUAUUAGACGGGAUCCAAACCGAAUGCCAGUCAGAAUAGUUGCACCAGAUAACCAAGUUAUUUGGUUAACUAUAGGUACCAACGGGUGUUUAAAAAGUAUGACUGCCCAAGGUCAGGAGUUGGUCUUAUUUACUUACCAUGGCAACAGUGGACUUCUGGCAACUAAAAGCGAUGAGACUGGGUGGACAACCUUCUUUGAUUAUGACAGCGAAGGUCGUCUCACCAACGUAACUUUCCCAACUGGAGUUGUCACAAAUCUUCAUGGAGAAAUGGACAAGGCUAUCACAGUGGAUAUAGAGAGCUCUAGCAGGGAGGAAGAUGUCAGCAUAACUUCAAACUUAUCUUCCAUUGAUUCAUUUUACACAAUGGUUCAAGAUCAAUUAAGAAACAGUUACCAAGUUGGCUAUGACGGUUCUGUUAGAAUCAUCUAUGGAAAUGGAAUGGAUUCUCACUUCCAAACAGAGCCUCAUAUUCUAGCUGGUCCAGCUAAUCCAACAGUGGCAAAACGGAAUAUGACACUUCCAGGAGACAACGGGCACAACCUUGUAGAGUGGAGAUUCCGAAAAGAGCAAGCUCAGGGAAAGGUCAAUGUGUUCGGCCGGAAACUCAGAGUAAAUGGCAGAAAUCUCCUUUCUGUUGACUAUGAUCGAGCCACGAAGACAGAAAAGAUCUACGAUGACCAUAGAAAAUUCCUUCUGAGGAUUGUUUAUGAUUCCUCUGGACAUCCGACUUUAUGGUUUCCAAGCAGCAAGCUAAUGGCUGUCAAUGUCACAUAUUCAUCAACCGGACAAAUGGCAGGUAUUCAGCGUGGCACCACCAGUGAAAAAAUAGAUUAUGACGGGCAAGGAAGAAUUGUUGCCAGGUUGUUUGCUGAUGGAAAAACGUGGAGCUACACCUACCUAGAAAAGACAAUGGUCUUACUCCUUCAUAGUCAGAGACAGUACAUAUUUGAAUAUGAUUUACUGGAUCGGCUCUCUGCAAUCACAAUGCCUAGUGUAGCUAGACACACGAUGCAAACAAUACGUUCCAUUGGUUAUUACCGAAACAUUUACAAUCCCCCUGAAAGCAAUGCUUCAGUCAUAAUGGACUACAAUGAAGAAGGGCAGCUAUUACAAACAGCUUUUCUAGGCACAGGCCGAAGAGUUCUGUUUAAAUAUAGACGACAAACCAAACUCUCAGAAGUCCUUUAUGACAGUACAAGAGUCAGUUUUACUUAUGACGAGACAGCAGGAGUCCUGAAAACAGUCAACCUCCAGAUUGAUGGGUUCAUCUGCACCAUCCGAUACCGCCAGAUUGGCCCAUUGAUAGACCGGCAGAUAUUUCGCUUUAGUGAAGAUGGAAUGGUAAAUGCGAGAUUUGACUAUAGCUAUGAUAAUAGCUUCAGGGUGACUAGCAUGCAGGGGGUAAUAAAUGAAACACCACUGCCUAUUGAGUUGUACCAGUUUGAUGAUAUUUCUGGAAAGGUUGAUCAGUUUGGGAAGUUUGGGGUUAUUUACUAUGAUAUUAACCAGAUAAUCUCUACAGCUGUAAUGACCUACACAAAACAUUUUGAUGCUCAUGGCCGAAUCAAGGAAAUACAAUAUGAAAUCCAGAGAUCUCUAAUGUAUUGGAUUACUGUGCAGUAUGACAACAUGGGAAGAGUGACUAAACGGGAAAUUAAAAUCGGUCCUUUUGCAAAUACUACUAAAUAUGCUUAUGAGUAUGAUGUCGAUGGACAACUCCAAACAGUAUUCUUGAAUGAGAAAACAACGUGGAGAUACAGUUAUGACUUGAAUGGGAACCUACAUUUGUUGAACCCUGGUAUCAGUGCAAGAUUAACACCACUCCGCUAUGAUUUAAGAGACAGGAUAACACGGCUAGGCGAUGUUCAGUAUAGACUAGAUGAGGAUGGAUUCUUGCGCCAGAGAGGGACUGAGAUAUUUGAGUACAGCUCCAAGGGACUUCUCACAAGAGUGCACAGCAAAGGUAGUGGAUGGACCGUAUUGUACCGUUAUGAUGGCCUCGGCCGUCGAAUAUCUUGCAAAACUAACCUUGGCAAGCAUCUGCAGUUUUUUUAUGCAGAUCUUAAUUAUCCAUCGAGGAUAACUCAUUUAUAUAAUCAUUCAAGCUCAGAGAUAACCUGCUUGUAUUAUGACCUUCAGGGACACCUUUUUGCAAUGGAGAUAAGUAGUGGAGAAGAAUUUUACAUAGCUUCAGACAACACAGGGACACCUCUUGCUGUUUUUAGCAGCACCGGUUUCCUGCUGAAGCAAAUCCAAUACACUGCCUAUGGAGAGAUCUAUUUUGACUCUAAUCCUGACUUUCAACUCGUCAUAGGAUUCCACGGAGGGCUAUAUGAUCCACUCACAAAGCUUAUACACUUUGGUCAAAGAGACUAUGACAUUUUAGUUGGGCGUUGGACUACACCUGAUAUUGAUAUCUUGAAAAGGAUUGGCAAAGACCCAGCACCUUUUAAUCUGUAUAUGUUUAAAAACAACAACCCCGUCAGCAAGAUCCAUGACAUAAAGGAUUACAUCACAGAUGUUAAUAGCUGGCUGGUGACCUUUGGGUUCCAUCUACACAAUGCAAUUCCUGGUUUCCGUAUUCCUAAAUUUGAUUUAUCAGAACCUUCAUAUGAGCUUCUCAAGAGUCAACAGUGGGAUGAUGUGCCACCAAUUUCUGGAGUACAACAACAAGUGGCAAGACAAGCCAAAGCCUUCUUAUCCCUGGGAAAAAUGCCAGAGAUUCAGAUAAACAGGCACAAGUCAUUUGGAGAGAAAUCAUGGUUGUGGUUUGCAACAGUGAAAUCCUUAAUUGGAAAGGGGGUCAUGCUGGCUGUCAAUCAAGGCAAAGUGAUUACCAACGCACUUAACAUUGCAAAUGAGGACUGUAUUAAAGUAGCAGCAGUACUUAACAAUGCAUUUUACUUGGAAAAUUUACACUUCACUAUAGAAGGGAGAGAUACCCAUUAUUUCAUCAAAGCCACAACACCAGAAAGUGAUCUUGGAACCUUAAGACUAACGAGUGGACGCAAAGCCUUAGAAAAUGGUAUUAAUGUGACUGUGUCCCAGUCAACUACAGUAGUGAAUGGAAGAACUCGCAGGUUUGCCGAUGUUGAAAUGCAGUAUGGGGCCUUGGCCCUUCAUGUGCGUUAUGGCAUGACACUUGAUGAGGAGAAGGCUCGAAUUUUGGAGCAAGCUAGACAAAGAGCUCUGUCCCAUUCCUGGGCAAGGGAACAACAAAGAGUACGCGAUGGAGAAGAAGGUGCCAGGCUGUGGACUGAUGGAGAAAAAAGACAGCUUCUGAGUGCUGGAAAAGUACAAGGAUAUGAUGGGUACUAUGUACUCUCUGUGGAGCAAUACCCGGAAUUGGCAGACAGCUCUAAUAAUAUACAGUUUCUCAGACAAAGCGAGAUAGGGAAAAGGUAACACAUUGGCCUUGCAGAGGCUGCCAAAGAGACCUAACUACGUGCUUCCUCUACAAGGGAGACCGUUUUGCUGCGUUGCUAUUUGAGCCUAAACGUUACGUUUGCUCAGACAUUCUUUAUGUAGCACAAUCUCUGUUGGACUCUGUGAAGAUAGAGCCUUUCUGGGGAAUGACAAUGCUAUCAGCAAACCCAACCCCGUUUGUUUUUAUGAAUGACUUAAAAGGUGAUCUGCUUUAAGAAAAUAUGUUUACAUAUGCAUAUCACUGCACUCUGACUGAAAGAGGAAAGCCUAUCGGUUUUUAGUAGGCUUAUAUUUGUGUUCAUCCAGGCACUGUAUUUAAAUUGAUCUGUACAGUGUUUCCAAUUAUUACUGAAAUGUUGGCCUUUGCUUACAAAAAGUAGUUUCUGGAUCUCUCUCUUUCUCUCUGCAUAGGACGUGGUAUAUAUCAUUGUUAAUUUUGAAAUGUGGAGCAAAAUUAUUGUUUAUAGACAACUCGACUGCUUUUACCGUGCUGCUUUAUAAAAGGACAUUGGCACAAGUGAAUUAUGCUACCAUGUGACUUUAAUAACAGAUUUUACAAUGCUAACAUGGUUUUGCCUUGAAAAAAAACAUUAAAAAUAAAUAAAAAAUAUUGCAAGUAGAAUUAUCUUCAAGUUCGAGCAAAGGAAUCUGUUUUUUUUUUGUUUUGUUUUGUUUUUUUUUUGUAAAUAAUGUGAUACAAGUUGUUUAUGGAUUUUUAUAGGAAUUACAAUUUACUGUACAUCAAAUAUUAGUCUCAGAGGAGUUAAUUUAUGUAAAAGUGUUUAAGAAAGUUUAUAUAUAAAAUAAAAUGAUAAAAAAAUGAAUGUAAGAGGUUUUAAUGAUUCAUUUUCUACCAAUUCUUUUGUAGUGUUUGGAAUUCUGAAAAAUAAUAGUGCUACUGUGCUUAAAGGGGAUCUAUCAUGAAAAUACCAUUUUGUGUUACUCACUUCUUUUUAAUAUGCAUGGUAGUAGCAUGUUAAUACAUCAGUACUAUAGUGACUAUAAAAUACAUGGUAAUAUUUUCUCUGCAUUCCAUUAAUCCGGAAUCCCUGCUUUUAGUAAUUUACUUAUGUUCAACUAAAUUAUAUUCCUUAAUCAAGUGAUAACAGGGGUCAUCUUUUGACAUCUAUUGCCAAGGCAACUCAUGCCAACAGAAAAAAAAUAUUUAGUGGAAAUUGGCACCCACAUAAAAUUACACUAUAAUAUUAUUUAAACAUAAUAUUAUUAUACUUUGUUUUGAUGAUAGAUCCCCUUUAUCUUAAAGAAAUUCUUGGCCUACUGUAUUGACGAUGUUGGCAAGGUUAUCUAGAAGUAAUUUUAGUAACGCUUAUAUUUAUAUUGUAGAAUCACGUACAAGUAGAGCUUGAAAACAUAUCAUAAACUGAAAUGUAUAUUUACAAAUAAAAAGGCAGUAGGACUUGUGAUGUGUACGUUUCAGACAAGUGAUGCGCAAUACCGACUAGUAACAUUGUACUUCCAUGUUACUGGAGCCGUUCAUAACCACGGAUUUCUAAACCAUGUCAAUAAUUACUUUUCUCUUUUUUUAUUAUAAUUAUUAUCUUGUUCAAACCAAAAGGUACUUAAACAUGGUGGUUCUAUGAAAAAAAAUAAAAAAAUUCUUUUUAUUAAAAAUUAAAUUCAACCAUACUAGGUACCAAUUGCUUUAUUGUCCUAUAGCUACCUACAGUCAUCGUGAUCAUGAGUCUAGGACACUGUUCAAGAUACAUCUUAACUUGUUAGCCGCAAGAGGUUUUUUGUCUCUGCUCAGGUGAAGAUGAGUCAGGCUUGAUCUAGUGCUGGAUCUCUUUGCAGUGUUCACAGGAAUUAAAAUACAUGAAGGGUGGUAUAGCUUCUAGAAAUGAUGUGUAACAUUUCAGUGCUAAAAUAUAUUUGACUUGGGAUUGAAAUAAAAAAGUAGUAUGUUGUGAAAUUCAUUCAGAAAAUGUCCAACCCUGUAUAGUAAAAGCAAUAAAUUCAUUGUGUUCUUUA